AUGUCUUCCCUUCCCCAGCCGACACUGUGCAGGCUCCGGACUCACCAGUGGUGCUUCAUCCUCUUCAAUGUCCUGCUUUUCCACGUGUUGCUCUUCGGGGCAGAUUUACUGGAGGAAUAUUUCCUGCACUCCUUUCCCCUGUCCUACACCGAUGCAAAGACUCUGGAGAUCAGGGAGAGGGCCAGGAAGCUGGACAUGGGUCCCCUAAAGGCCAACCUCUCUCACACUGUCAGCAGUGCAGUGACAUGCUCAGACCAAGAGCUGUUUUUGCUCAUCCUCGUCCACAGCAGCCCAGAAAACAGGACAAGGCGCGACACGAUCAGGCAGACGUGGGGCAACGCGACAGACACCAGAGGUUACACCGUCCUCACUCUGUUUGCUGUAGGAAAGGCAGCUUCAGAAAGCACCCAGCUGGAGAUCAGUGAAGAGGCUCACAAGCACAGGGACAUUAUUGAAGGUGCUUUCAUCGAUUCCCCGCAGACACAGACACAGAAGAUGCUGCUGAGCGUGGAGUGGGCGGUGACUUUCUGUCCCCGGGCGAGAUUUAUCCUCGAAGCAGACGAGGACGUGUUUGUGGGUGUUCCAAGCCUGGCUGGGUACCUGCUGAGCUUAACACAACUAGAGGACAUCUACCUUGGGAGGGUUGUUCAUCAGGGAGUGCCUGACAGGGACCCCCAAAGCCCUGCCUUCGUUCCCACCCAUCAGUAUCCCGAGGAGUUUUACCCGGAUUUCUGCCACGGCAGCGCCUUCGUCAUAUCCCAGGACGUCGCCCGCAAGGUUUACGUGGCUGCCAAGGAGGUGCCACUGUCAGUGCCCCCAGAUGUUUUUGUGGGAAUCUGUGCUAAGAAAGCUGGGAUCACUCCCACGCACAGCUCCCGCUUUUCCGGGGGGAAGCACAUCAGCUACAAUCGAUGCUGCUAUAAAUUCAUCUUCACCUCUUCCAACGUGAAGGAGGACGAGCUAUUUAAAGCCUGGGAGGAAACAAGCAGUGGGGAAGAUUGUUCCUUGCUGGAAACCUACUACAGCCUGGUGUCCUGCAGGGUUCUGACCUACAUUGACAAGUUCAAGCAGUUCAACUUGGAUAGAAUAAAAAAUGAGGUUCUUCAUUUUGUCAAUUAA